AUGAGAUCGGAGAACUACAACUUCACCCUCAAGUUCUUCACGACCUUCAUGAGCGUGUGCGGACAAGACAUAAGGAGGGGGAGAGCGACAGCAGAUGACGCGUAUGAGGUGCUGAGCAAGUGCAAGGAGUGCGGGCUUCAGCCGGAUGCCAUCCUCUACAACGCGCUCAUGAACACAGUAGCGCAGGCGGCAUGGAGGGGGGAAGCGAUACUCUCUCACGGGAGCCAGGUGAUCAGCAGCAUGAAGGAGGACGGGGUGCAGCCAGACGCGUACACGUUCAACACGCUGCUCGACGUCUGCACGAAGAUGAUGAUGAAGCAGGGAAGAAGAUCAGGAGCGCCGGUGACGCCCAUGACAGGGUUCAGCGUUGUUCAGCUCAUGCUUGCCAACGGAGUCUCUCCCGACCAGUACACGUUCACCUCCUACAUGCAGCUGUGCGUCAAGUGCGCUGAGAGAUCGUUGGCAUCCCCAAGAGACGGCGAGCGCAUCGUAGAGAUGAUGAGGAGCCAGGGACUAGCCCCCUCCCUCCAUGUGUACAACACGCUGCUGGACCUGAUCGCCAAGUGCGCAUCUCACAAGAAGGCGGAGCUGGAGGACGGGGAGCGAGUGCUUGAGAGGAUGGCGGCUGACGGCAUCGCCCCCAACCUCGUCACGUUCAACACCCUCCUCGAGUGCUGCGCGAACUCAGCGAGGUACAGCCAGGGAGGGCUGGCAAGGGCCUGGGGGAUCGUAGAGCUGCUGGUCGACAGCAAGCUCUCCCCCGACAGGUUCACGCUGAACGCGCUGCUCAAGACUUGUCUGCACAGCUCCCGAUCCCUCCUCGACCCGCUCCAUGAAGGGACGGAAAUAUUCCACCACCUUUGCGAGCACAAGGGGAGGAGGGAGAAGCUGGCGGGGUGCGAUAUCGUGAAACCCGACUUGAUCUCCUUCUCCAUCCUGAUGAGCAUCUGCGAGCAGAGCAUACUGAAGAAAAGAGCAACGAUAAAGAGCGCAGAUCUUAUCAUCAAGACUAUGAAGAGAGAUGCUGUUCUACAGAUCGACACAGGCCUCUGCAACUCCUUCCUCGCGUGCGCGUGUGCCGAUGGCUCGGAGGAAGCAGUCGAGUCAGCGGAGGAAAUGUUUGACGCUAUCCCUGCGGCCUGCCGGAGCUCGCAGACCUACGGGAGGAUGUUACAGCUGCACGGGAGGAGGGGGGAUGCUGGGAUGGGGAGGGCCAGAGCACUGCUGGAGGAGGCCGAGCAGGCUGGGCUGGUGGACGGCAGGCUGCUCCAGCUGCUGAUUGAGGAGGAGAUGGAAGACGAGGAGACUUUGAGACGGUGA